UUAUCCAACGAGGUCAUAAUGGCUGCUCGCUGCAUGUGAAGGGGUCGAAACAAGAGCCGGCUUAAUGAGUGGAGAACAUGUAUAAAACGCCAUGUUGCAGACUGUCAGGUUUGGUUGGUCUAAGUGUUAAACAGAAAUUAGUCCUAAAUGUUCCUCAAUGUAACCAGAGUGCUCGUAACCUCAUUCAGCUGCACAGAAGGGAUCCAUCAAACUGGCUGACGUACCAGCACCUGACCUUCCUGAAACGCCAGUAUGUAACAAAGAACAACAAUGAGCUUCACCAACGUGCCAUCCCGAAGCAGGCUCCCGCCCUGACCAUAGUGAAUGAGAGGGAAGACACCAUUGAAAGACAGGUGCAGAGAAUACCAACUAUUGAUCCUGCAGAGAGACAUAAUGUGUCACAGCCAGAAGAUGUCAACAGUGAAGCACAGCCUGGAAUAUCCACCUUGAAGCCCGUUACAGAAGAUGCAGCAGAACAGAGAGAUUCUGUGUCCGGUACAGUUGGGUCAUCCCAUGAGACUCCCCAUGUCCACGUGGAGACGGAUAAAGCAAAGGAGGAACGUCUAGACAGACAGUGGAAGCAGCUCAAGGUCAUUGUGGCUGACUUGCCGGAUGUCUACGCCAAGCUAGCCAAAAUCAAACUCACAGCGCUGGUGGUUACAAGUGCAGCGGCCGGCUUCGCCAUGGCUCCAGUGCCAUUUGACCCUCUGCUCUUCUUCGUGUCCUCUCUGGGAAUAGGCCUCGCCUCUUGUACUGCCAACACAAUCAACCAGUACUUUGAAGUGCCCUUCGACUCCAACAUGAAUCGUACCAAGAACCGUCCACUCGUCAGAGGACAAAUCAG